GUUAUAUCAAGAAAUUCAGUUCAGAGAGAGGAGAGAGAGGAGAGGGAGAAGGAGAGGGGGGCAGAAGAGAAGGGAAAGCGGAGAGUACGCGAGGUAGGAAGGAGAGCCUCAGUCUCCGAAGCGAGAAAGAGCUCACGGAUUAAGAAUUUGUCGGGCAAUUGGCACCCCGGGACAACAGCCAGAAAAAUCAGCAUCACCCAACUCUGACGUUUCCUACCAGAAGUUAGAGACUUGAGCAGUAUUGCCAUCGGAUGCAAAUGGUAGGCUGGUUGCUGUGGGAUAUACUCCCGAGCUGAAGAAGUGCAACUGGAUGUGGUGUGUGCUAAAUACCAGAAGAGCCCAGACCCUGUGGGUAAUAGCAGUAGCGAGGAAAUGUGGAGAGAAUGACUAACGACAAAUCUGUGAAUUUGUUCUCGGGAGUUGCUAAUUUGCCAGCCCGAAGCCACACGUUUUACAAGGAGGAAACGUUUUGCUGCUUCUGAAUUCUCCCCAAACUGGUGCUACCAGAUGCAUGGCUUUCUAUGUGUUGGAACAAAUCCUUCUUAACUGCAGCCUACCGGGAAAGGGGAAAGGUUGAGGCAACUAACUGGCUGUCUCCAAAUAAGAGAUGAGAUGUAAUGCCUCCUCCAGUCCAUGCACACUUCCUCUUGCAAUUCGUGCAUCAUUCCUCAGUGGGAACCUUUAAACUCUAAAAUCCAAGAAAAGAAAAUAAAUACAUUAUCAUGGACCUGAGGGAUUUUUACCUGUUGGCUGCUCUGAUUGCCUGUUUAAGGCUGGAUUCGGCAAUAGCUCAAGAACUUAUUUACACUAUUAGAGAGGAAUUGCCUGAAAAUGUGCCCAUAGGAAAUAUACCAAAGGACCUGAACAUUUCUCACAUCAAUGCUGCCACAGGGACCAGUGCCAGCCUUGUCUACAGACUGGUUUCUAAAGCCGGGGAUGCCCCUCUGGUAAAAGUGUCCAGCAGCACCGGGGAGAUUUUCACCACCUCCAACAGAAUAGACAGAGAGAAACUCUGUGCCGGAGCCUCUUAUGCUGAGGAGAAUGAGUGUUUCUUUGAACUUGAGGUGGUGAUCCUCCCCAAUGACUUUUUCAGGCUGAUCAAAAUCAAGAUCAUUGUCAAGGAUACCAAUGAUAAUGCCCCAAUGUUUCCGUCUCCUGUCAUCAAUAUUUCCAUUCCAGAAAACACUUUGAUCAACAGCCGCUUUCCAAUCCCGUCAGCCACAGACCCUGACACAGGCUUCAAUGGGGUGCAGCAUUAUGAAUUGCUAAACGGGCAGAGUGUUUUUGGACUGGAUAUCGUGGAAACUCCAGAGGGAGAAAAGUGGCCGCAAUUGAUUGUUCAGCAGAACUUGGAUCGAGAACAAAAAGAUACCUAUGUAAUGAAAAUCAAAGUGGAGGACGGAGGCACCCCACAGAAAUCCAGCACAGCCAUACUGCAGGUCACAGUUAGUGAUGUGAAUGACAACAGACCCGUGUUUAAAGAGGGUCAAGUCGAGGUGCAUAUUCCAGAGAACGCUCCUGUGGGGACCUCUGUAAUUCAGCUCCACGCUACUGAUGCAGACAUAGGCAGCAAUGCUGAAAUCCGCUACAUUUUUGGUGCCCAGGUCGCCCCUGCAACCAAAAGACUCUUUGCUUUAAAUAACACAACUGGGCUGAUUACAGUUCAGAGGUCUUUGGAUAGGGAAGAGACAGCCAUUCACAAAGUGACCGUGCUGGCUAGUGAUGGCAGUUCCACUCCUGCCAGAGCCACAGUUACCAUCAAUGUCACAGAUGUAAAUGAUAACCCUCCGAACAUAGACCUCAGGUACAUUAUAAGUCCCAUCAACGGCACAGUGUAUCUAUCUGAGAAAGAUCCAGUCAAUACAAAGAUUGCCCUAAUUACAGUUUCAGAUAAGGACACAGACGUGAACGGCAAAGUGAUCUGUUUUAUUGAAAGAGAGGUCCCAUUUCAUCUGAAGGCAGUGUAUGACAACCAGUAUCUGCUAGAGACCUCUUCUCUGCUGGACUAUGAGGGCACCAAAGAAUUCAGCUUUAAAAUCGUUGCCUCUGAUUCUGGGAAGCCCAGUUUGAACCAGACUGCCCUGGUAAGGGUUAAGCUUGAGGAUGAAAAUGACAACCCACCAAUUUUCAACCAGCCUGUAAUUGAGCUGUCAGUUUCUGAAAACAACCGACGUGGGUUAUACUUAACAACUAUUAGUGCUACAGACGAAGACAGUGGGAAAAAUGCAGACAUUGUUUAUCAGCUUGGACCGAAUGCCUCCUUCUUUGAUCUGGACAGAAAGACAGGAGUUUUGACAGCCUCCAGAGUCUUUAACAGGGAGGAACAAGAGCGGUUCAUUUUUACAGUAACUGCCAGGGACAAUGGGACCCCUCCCCUCCAAAGCCAAGCUGCCGUGAUAGUCACUGUUCUGGAUGAGAACGACAAUAGCCCCAAGUUUACUCAUAAUCAUUUUCAGUUUUUUGUGUCUGAGAAUCUGCCAAAGUAUAGUACUGUGGGAGUCAUCACAGUGACAGAUGAAGACGCUGGAGAGAAUAAAGCUGUGACUCUCUCCAUUCUAAAUGACAAUGAAAAUUUUGUCUUGGAUCCCUACUCAGGAGUCAUCAAGUCAAAUGUCUCCUUUGACCGAGAGCAGCAGAGUUCCUACACUUUUGAUGUCAAAGCCACUGAUGGAGGACAGCCGCCUCGGUCCUCUACUGCAAAAGUAACUAUCAAUGUGAUGGAUGUCAAUGACAAUAGUCCGGUUGUGAUUUCGCCACCAUCCAACACCUCGUUUAAGUUGGUGCCACUCUCAGCCAUUCCUGGUUCUGUGGUUGCGGAAGUUUUUGCAGUGGAUAUUGACACUGGAAUGAACGCUGAACUUAAGUAUACCAUAGUGAGUGGGAACAACAAAGGAUUAUUUCGGAUUGACCCAGUAACAGGCAAUAUCACUCUAGAAGAAAAGCCAGCACCGACUGACGUGGGCCUGCACCGUCUAGUGGUCAACAUAAGUGACCUGGGGUACCCUAAGGCUUUGCACACCCUUGUGCUAGUAUUUCUUUAUGUCAAUGAUACGGCUGGCAAUGCCUCGUACAUAUAUGACUUGAUCCGCAGGACUAUGGAGACCCCACUGGACAGGAACAUAGGAGAUAGUAGCCAACCCUAUCAAAACGAGGACUAUCUCACCAUCAUGAUUGCCAUCGUCGCGGGGGCCAUGGUGGUCAUAGUUGUGAUCUUUGUCACUGUUCUGGUGCGCUGUCGCCAUGCGUCAAGGUUCAAAGCAGCUCAGAGGAGCAAGCAAGGUGCUGAGUGGAUGUCCCCAAACCAGGAGAAUAAGCAAAACAAGAAGAAGAAACGGAAGAAAAGAAAGUCACCCAAGAGUUCUCUAUUGAACUUUGUAACUAUUGAAGAGUCCAAACCCGAUGAUGCAGUCCACGAACCUAUCAAUGGGACCAUAAGCCUGCCUGCUGAGCUUGAGGAACAGAGUAUAGGAAGAUUUGACUGGGGACCUGCACCCCCAACAACCUUCAAGCCUAACAGUCCUGACCUGGCCAAGCACUACAAAUCUGCCUCUCCGCAGCCUGCUUUUCAUCUCAAACCAGACACUCCAGUUUCCGUGAAAAAGCACCAUGUCAUUCAGGAGCUCCCUUUGGACAACACCUUCGUUGGGGGCUGUGACACGCUUUCCAAACGCUCCUCCACUAGUUCAGACCACUUCAGUGCCUCAGAGUGCAGCUCCCAAGGAGGCUUCAAGACAAAGGGCCCCUUACACACCAGACAGUGUAACUCACACAACAAAAGUGACAAUAUUCCUGUCACACAUCAGAAAUGCCCCAGCUCUACUGGUUUCCACAUUCGAGAGAAUGAAGCAAGUCAUUCCGAGUCUCAGCGCCGUGUUACCUUUCACCUCCCGGAUGGUUCCCAGGAAAGCUGCAGUGACAGUGGUCUGGGAGACCACGAGCCGGUGGGUAGUGGAACCCUGAUCUCACACCCUCUUCCUCUGGUUCAGCCACAGGACGAAUUCUACGACCAGGCCUCUCCGGACAAGAGGACCGAAGCAGACGGCAACUCGGACCCCAACUCUGGUGAGUCCUCUUCUGGUCUUCAUAGCAUGAGGUUGUUCUGGUUGAGUAGUUAGUGUGCUGGAACUUGUUUAAUUGUCACCCUGCUCUGCAAGCCAGGGACAGUUGGUUGUACUUGCUGUUUUUUGGGUAGAUGCAUUGAAAUAGAUGAAGUGUAGUUUGCUUGGUAUGUUGACCGUUAAAUGGUAUGAUACUCUGUUUGUUUUGAGUCAUCAAAAAGAUUUUAAAAUUUGCAAAUAUUUUUGAAAGAAAAUUUCUGUUGGAAUAUACUCUAGUGUCAAAGAGAUUACAGUAUCAGUAGUUAAAAUUGAUGAACUAGAAUUUAUUGGAAUAUUGUUAAUGAGAAAUUAUCAAAACAUUCAUUCCUGCAGAAUGCUAUCUUCCAAAGAACUCUUUACAAAGUAUGCAAAUAAAGAAGGAUUGAAUGUGAUUAAGAUCCAUCUGAAGAAAGGAGAUGAUCUUUCAUAAAUUUUUAUUUAUGCAUUGUUUUGGAUAAUUGGGUUUUGUAUGAGAAUGUUGAAAAAAUGUAUCUGGUCUAAACCCCAUAUCAUCCAAAGAACUUCACCUCACCUUGGGAAUCCUUAUAUAUAAACAAACAAAACACCUUCAGUGCCUAGGUAACAAAAAAUAAAUCAAACAUAAUGCACCUUUCAGAGCAAUGAAAAUGAUCUUUAUUUUAUUUAAUUUUUUUUUCAUGAUAAUGUGAAUGCUCAGGUGAGCUCAUGCAGGUUCCUGAGCAGGAAUAUUAGAGAAGACUUUGUGUGUUUCUCCAGUUCUUCUUUUAAAUAAAAGGAAAGACUGAGUAAUCAUAACAAGAGGACAUCCAAACCGAAAAAGGAACAACAACCACCAAACAAACAGUACACAUAUUCAAGACAGAAAAUCUUGCCUGCUCUUGAAACGGCUGCACGUUGGUUAGCUAGAGAAGGAAAUUGUGUUGAGGCGACUUUUCCAUAAAUCUCCAGCUAUUUAGCACCUUCUGUUAUAGACAUUACUGUGCCUCUGGCAUUUGUGUGAUGUAGCACUAUCUAGAGGAGGUUACAAGCUCACAGGCUUUCUUAACAAGUUAACUUCUGGUAACCCAGCUUUCAUGUUCACUUACUUCCACAAUUUUGAGUCACCUCUCUAUCUAGGCAGGAAGAUCUGUGUUAAAUUCUUCCUUCUCUCCCUCUAUCUCACCUCAACCAUGCCACUGCCUAUGCAGGCCUCUGAUGAAGCUCUUUCUUCACGAGCAAAUGGUAAAUGUGUGCAGUUAUAACACAUCUUUCUACAGAGGUUUCCCUCCAGGAAAUCUAGUUGAAUCUAAGUAAAAUGUAUGCCAUAAUUUUCAAGUUGUAUGUUUGGUUUGUAAGUGAUUUUUUUUUUAACUUAAAUUAUCUAGAGCUGACAAACUCAAAAGCCUUCAUCAAAUUAAGUUUGAGAGAGCUGAUAAUCAUUUAUUCUCUGGAGAUUUCUUGGCACCCUCACUCUAUGAUCUAAUGAUUCUAGGUUGUUCCAUUGAGCCACAUUUUCCAGGAAUUGUGUGGGGGUGAGGAGGGUUGAUAGAGCUUAUAAUAACUCCUUGUAAACAAUUCUUGUAAUCUACAAUUUCUUCUUUAAUUAGUACUAAUUAAAACUUUCUGCAGUGAUUUUUGAUCACCUUGUCUGAAAGUGUUUGGAUGUUCUUGUCUUUGAGUCCAAGUCAAAAUCAACACAGAAAGACACACCUUAAAUGUAUUGGCACACACAGUUGUAGCAGUUUUUGAUAAUUUAGCCAGUACACUCUGUACAAAUAUCUUUAAAGCAGGAGUAAUUUAUGAAAUUCCAGGUGAAGGACUUAGACAUGCCUAAGAGUUUUCAUCAAAUUCUUUUUAGCUAUAAUAAUAGAAUCAUUUAGAAUCACACCCAGGAUGACAGAGGGCAGUGAGUUUAAUCACUAGGUUUUAGAAAGUGAUGAACAUGUGGGUAAUUUUCUACUUAACUGAAUUAGAAAUAUAAAAAUAUUCAUCUAGAAGGGAAAGGCAGCUUUUAGGACACAUUCAAUACUAAACAGGAUAAUAGUUAUUUUAUAUUUUCUUUGUCAUAGAAUUAUGUGUCUUUGGUCAGUCAGAGUGAACUGAGAAGUCAAUUAGUACAGAAAA